UUUGUUGUCGAUGAGAGUCCCCUACUUUUCCUCUUCCGGGAUGUCGAAGAAUUUCUUGCCCUCCUCGAUCACCAGCUUGAAGAACUCGUCUGAGAUGCCCACAUUCUUCAGGUAAAGGAACCCGACCUCCAUCAACGCGUGUCGCAGCUCGGAGAGGAAGCGGGGCUUCGUGGCCGGAUCCUGAGCCAGCGCCAGAUCCAAGACGGGAAUUGAAGUGAACGACAUCUUUUUUUCAGCUCUGCGAGAGUUCGGAUUGGAUGCGAGGAAUAGGGGCUGGUUCCGAGGAAGGUAGCUUCGUUUCAAUGUGGCGAGUUGAGGCAUUCGCAAAGGACAUCCGCCUCCGCACAAACUGCAUGUAUUGGGGACUACGUCAAUUGGGUAUCUAUAGGCUCUCUCGAAGCAUUGUUUUGGCUGGACAUUGUGCACUGCUCCCCCGCAAGCGUCCCUCAGCAGUGUCCAGAUCUCCUCGCUCCUUGCCCUUAAAGUAUGGCGUAAUCAGUCGACAUCGGGGUUUGCUACAUCCUGCCCCACAGCUUGCAACAAUAACACCAGGGACGCGGGACAGUGGGGUCAAGGGACCCUCCGUUCGGCACGGCCCUUGCGAAUACAGAGCCGAAUAUCAAUCUUGGAGAUUGUCCCUUCCCGUCACCGUUGAUCUCCGAACCGGCGGUCUGCCUUCGCGGUGGUUACUUCGGAAGGCAACGGCGGGAAUCUGGCCAUGAAACGGCUCGGGAAUUGCGUCUGUUGGCUCUGCGCUGAUGACCGCUACAGAUACAGGUCGGGCCGGAGGAAGCACAGGGCACGGUGUAUUUCGGCAUA